AUGGUGCUGAGGCCCGAUGCAGGCGAGCAAGCUGAUGCCCUGCAAACAUCGUUCGGGCAGCGGUUGCAAUGCUUCUUGACGCAGCUGCCUGAUGUAGAGACGCGCAUUCCCGAGCACGAGGAGUGCAGUGAGCUUCGAGCAGAGCUUUACAGGCUGAAGAAGCAGACCAGCGAGGUCCUUCAAGAGAUCACCAACAUGAAGCUCGACCUUCGCCGGAAGGAUGCAACAAUCCUUGAGUUGGGCCGGCAAGCAGGAGCUCUAAAGUCCUCGAACGCCUGGCGUUCAGUGCGCAGAGCUUCUUUGGUGGAUGAGGCUCGCAAAUCGGCGAAGAUCCGAAGCUUCAAAGAUUGGCCGAGGACGAAGCAAGAAAGGACGCUGACAAGAGGUGGGCCGGCCGAAGUCACAACUUGCAGUGGCUCGCAGUCGCCACUAUGUAAGCUGCAGGCUACGAGGAGCGGGAAGUCGAUGCUUUCAAGCACAAGAGCGCCUACUACAGCCCUCAGGACACAUGCAACUCUUCCGAGAGCCAGAGCUACAUCUGCCGACACCUGCGCAGGCGCCCACUUCGACGGACAAGCUCAAGGCUCACCUAGUCGGACAAGGCGACCGGCCCCCGAGCCCGGGGAGGAUGGAAACGCGAAGCUUCCUGGGCCAACAGCGCGGGUUUGCAUUCAGCGCCUUCGCGGGUCCAGACUCCUUCGCCCGGUGAGACUCUCCCCGGUGCAGGCCGCAUCUGCGAAUGCGCUGCUUCGCGGUGUUCGGGGAGGACACACGGGGACGCAAGCAGAGGCGCAUCCCCGUCCCAGCGCACCGAGGGAGCCGGCCUGUGAGCCUUCAGAUGCGAGGUGCCAAGCACAAACGGUGACCAAGCAGAUGCUGCGGCCGCACCUUGAAGAAUCCGAAGGCAGCACAAGCACAUCAUGCAGCGAGGAGGACAGCGAGACUGACGAGGCCCACUGCAGCAGGCAUUGCAGUCAGCAAGCCAAGCCGCAACAUGAGUACUUGCUCAAGCUGGACUUGACUCUUGUCUCCAAGCAUAUGGCCACCUCUGUACUUGAAGGUAUGGAAGCCAGUGCUACCGUUCCUCAAACUCCUAGAGGGAGACCCCCGGUGGCUUGGUGGUGUUCUUCGGAGGUCAUGGCACCGGCUUCUGCUCGUGGCCGUGCUCCUGAUCCUGCUGGCCCUGGCCCUGUGGAUGCAUUUGGGAGCCGGCGACGAGAAUCUCGAAGCUUGUAUGUGCUUGAGAUGGUGACACCUCGAACAGCUGUGUCGCUUCAUCCGAAUUUGGAGGUCCCGGAGGUGGAAAGCCCCCUCUUGCUCCUGCGACCUCCGUGCGACGACACUCCGAAAGAAGGAGGCGGUGGUCGGCCGAGCCUGGGAAACAUUUCAACCUCGAGUGACGAGGACGACAUCCGAAACCGGCUGAACAAGGACAUCGCCAAACGUGCAGUCAGCCCCGAAGAUCAGCUCCAGGGCACCCGAGAGGAUUCACUACACGAAGCCUCCUCGCCGUCACAUGCUGUGACACUGGCCCAUGUGUUGACAACGCAAGUGCCCACCCCUGCUCGUUCAAGUCUCAAGUCGGUAUCUGCGGAGAUGAAUUCAUCUGAGACCAAGCCUGUGGAAGCUUAG